CACCUGUUAUAAACAUUAUUUACAAAUAAAAAAAAUAUAUACACUUGAUACGUGUCAAUAAAAUGUAAUUUGUUUAAAUAUUAGACUUAAAUAAAUAAUUUCAACUAUUUUAUUGUCAAACAGUGAGACAAUAACGUAUUCGAUUGUGAAAAAAUAAUUAUAACCUAAUGAUAUACAUCGUACAAACUCUUAUAACCUCUACAUAAUUUUCGGACUGUGAAACAAUUUAUUUGAUCAUUUGUUUGUUAUUCAGUCAUUAUAAUUAAUUAGAAACUACAAUUAUUUAAUAGAAAAAUGAAUAUACUUCCAAAGAAAAGAUGGCACGUAAGGACACGAGAAAAUAUUGCUCGAGUAAGAAGAGAUGAGGCUAAAGCUGCUGAAGAAGAAAGAACAAAGAAAGCUCGAGCUCAAAAAGCGGAAACUGAAGCUCGAAUUGAACAUCUUAGACAACAGAGGAGAGAAAAAUACGAUGGUCGAGAUCAUGAUGUACCUACGACUAGUCAGCUAACAGAAACACAUGAGCAUAUUAAUUUUUUUAAAGAUCUAGAAGAAGGCAAAAUUGAUAAUCACCGGCCAAACGCUGAUCAUGAAGCAGAAAUAAAAGCUGAGAAAGAAAAAUAUGAAAAAAAAAUAGGAUAUUUAACAUACCUUGGACAAGAUACAAAUGAAGCUACAGGUGCUAAGAAUUGGUAUGAUGAAAUACCAAAAAGAUUAAAUGAUCCAGAGCCAGAAAAGGAAGUUCAAGAGAAGAAAAAAAUGGUCAAUGAUCCGAUAAAUGAUAUCAAACGAUAUUUACAUAUAAUGCAUUCAUCAUCCUCUUCAAAAGCUCCAGAAAAUUUCGAGAAAACAUCUAAGAAGAGGAAAUUAGAAUCUGACAGUGAUAAUGACAGUCGAAGAUCAUCUAAACGACACAAAAAAGACAAGAAAAAAGCAAAGAAAAAUAAAAAAGAUGAAAGAGAGUAUGUAGAAAGUGAUAAACCUAAUGUAAACAUUGAAAAAUUACGAGCAGAAAGAUUAUUGAGAGAACAAAAAGAAAAGCUGAGAACAGAAGCAUUGUUAGCUAAACUGAGAGGCGAUCCAAUACCUAUAGUUGAAAAAGAAGAACCUAAACCUGCUAUAAGACAAAAAUAUAAUUCUCAAUUUUGUCCUGACAUUGCUAGACAGAAUAUUGAGAGAACGCCAAAGCGGUGAUUUCAAUUUGAACUAAUCAUAUGCAAUACUAACUAAUAAUACACGUACAUGAAUUUUAUUCUGUAAAUAAUAUAUGUUAAUUAAAUAAUAGUACUCAA